UAUCUUCUAAUGCCAUUUGUGUGGUUGAGACCGGAACGGAUUGGCCAUUCUCCCUGCCACCAGCCAAUUAACCAACCCAUUUCCUCAUUACACUCAAAUACCUCAUCCAGCAACUUCUUCCUUCCUCACAACAACCCAUUUCCUCAAAUGACCUCUUCUUUCGUCACCUCUGUCACAAGACGCGAGCCAGUGUUAGUUUCCCCUGCUAAGCCCACGCCUUAUGAAUUCAAAAACCUGUCCGACAUCGACGACCAACAAGGCCUCCGUUGCCAGAUCCCUAUCAUACAGUUCUACCCCAGCAAUCCUUUGUUGGGAGGGCUGGAUCCGGCACGGGUAAUCAGAGACGCUUUAGCAGAGGCGCUUGUUUUCUACUACCCAUUUGCCGGUAGACUUAGAGAAGGGCCUGGCUGUAAGCUGAUGGUAGAGUGCACGGGAGAAGGCGUGGUGUUCAUAGAGGCCGACGCAAAUGUCAGCCUCAAGCAGUUCGGGGAUACACUGCAGCCUCCGUUUCCAUAUUUUGAGGAGCUUCUCUAUGACGUCCCUGGCACUGGAGACAUCGUUAACUGCCCAGUGCUUUUAGUUCAGGUGACCCGUCUCACAUGUGGCGGUUUUAUCUUUGGCCUACGAUUCAGCCAUUCCAUAAGCGAUGGUAUUGGGAUUGUCCAAUUCAUGACCGCCGUGGGGGAGCUGGCAUGCUAUGCACGGGCCCCAUCUGUGCUGCCCGUGUGGCAAAGGGAGCUGCUCAGCGCACGGGACCCGCCACGCGUGACAUACGUGCACCGGGAGUACGACCAAGUGGCCGAUACAAAAGGCACCAUAAAACCUCUCAAUGAGAUGACCCAACGUUCCUUUUUCUUUGGUCCCAGCCAGAUAUCUACCCUCAGGAAGCACUUGCCGCACCACCUUCGCACGUGCUCCAAGUUUGAGCUGCUGACCGCAUCCCUCUGGCGCUGCCGCACAAUCGCUGUGGAGCCCGACCCAGAUGAGCAAGUGAGGAUCAUCUUCGCCGUUAACGCACGCGCCAAGUACCAGCCGCCGCUGCCAACGGGCUACUAUGGGAAUGCGAUUGCACUCCCGGCGGCGAUCUCGCCGGCCGGGAAAUUGUGUCAGAAUCCGUUGGGGUAUGCGCUGGAACUAGUGCGUAAGGUGAAAUCUGACGUCACACAAGAGUACAUGCAAUCUCUGGCGGACCUGAUGGUGAUCAAGGGGCGGCCCCACUUUACAGUAGUGCGCACGUUCCUCGUAUCGGAUCUAACGCAUGUUGGGUUUGGGGAUGUGGAUUUCGGGUGGGGAAAGCCUGUUUAUGGUGGGGUAGCCAUGGGAGGUGUGGGGGCUAUCCCUGGGGUGUCAAGCUUUUAUGUACCGAUUAGGAAUGCAAAAGGGGAAGACGGGAUUGUGAUACCGAUUUGCUUGCCUGAGACAGCCAUGGAGAGAUUUGUGGUGCAGGUUGAAAACAUGCUCAAGGAGCCCACACUCGGUACCACCUCCAAAUUCAUUGAAGAAUAAAUAACCUAACGUGACAGAAAAUUCACAAGCCAAGUGAAUAAGUUGUGAUCUUGUUUUUA